AAUCUAAUAAAGGAGAUGUAAAAAAGUGAAAAAUAUGCUAAUGGAGAUUCAUACGAUGGAGAGUUUUUAAAUGGUGAGAAACAUGGAAAGGGUGAAUUUAAAUGGGCUGAUGGAGAUUAAUAUAAUGGAGAUUGGAAAAAUGAUAAAAGAACUGGAAGGGGUAAAUAUAAAUGGGCUAAUGGAGAUUCAUACGAUGGAGAGUUUUUAAAUGGUGAGAAACAUGGAAAGGGUGAAUUUAAAUGGGCUGAUGGAGAUUAAUAUAAUGGAGAUUGGAAAAAUGAUAAAAGAACUGGAAGGGGUAAAUAUAAAUGGGCUAAUGGAAAUUCAUACGAUGGAGAGUUUUUAAAUGGUGAGAAACAUGGAAAGGGUAAAUAUAAAUGGGCUAAUGGAAAUUCAUAUGAUGGAGAGUUUUUAAAUGAUGAGAAACAUGGAAAGGGUGAAUUUAAAUGGGCUGAUGGAGAUUAAUAUAAUGGAGAUUGGAAAAAUGAUAAAAGAACUGGAAGGGGUAAAUAUAAAUGGGCUAAUGGAGAUUCAUACGAUGGAGAGUUUUUAAAUGGUGAGAAACAUGGAAAGGGUGAAUUUAAAUGGGCUGAUGGAGAUUAAUAUAAUGGAGAUUGGAAAAAUGAUAAAAGAACUGGAAGGGGUAAAUAUAAAUGGGCUAAUGGAGAUUCAUACGAUGGAGAGUUUUUAAAUGGUGAGAAACAUGGAAAGGGUGAAUUUAAAUGGGCUGAUGGAGAUUAAUAUAAUGGAGAUUGGAAAAAUGAUAAAAGAACUGGAAGGGGUAAAUAUAAAUGGGCUAAUGGAGAUUCAUACGAUGGAGAGUUUUUAAAUGGUGAGAAACAUGGAAAGGGUGAAUUUAAAUGGGCUGAUGGAGAUUAAUAUAAUGGAGAUUGGAAAAAUGAUAAAAGAACUGGAAGGGGUAAAUAUAAAUGGGCUAAUGGAGAUUCAUACGAUGGAGAGUUUUUAAAUGGUGAGAAACAUGGAAAGGGUGAAUUUAAAUGGGCUGAUGGAGAUUAAUAUAAUGGAGAUUGGAAAAAUGAUAAAAGAACUGGAAGGGGUAAAUAUAAAUGGGCUAAUGGAAAUUCAUACGAUGGAGAGUUUUUAAAUGGUGAGAAACAUGGAAAGGGUGAAUUUAAAUGGGCUGAUGGAGAUUAAUAUAAUGGAGAUUGGAAAAAUGAUAAAAGAACUGGAAGGGGUUAAUAGAAAUGGGCUGAUGGAAAUUCAUAUGAUGGAGAGUUUUUAAAUGAUGAGAAACAUGGAAAGGGUGAAUAUAAAUGGGUUAGUGGAAGUAUAUAUUAUGGAGAUUGGAAAAAUGAUAAUAGAACUGGAAGGGGUUAAUAAAAAUGGGCUGAUGGAUCUAAAUAUGAUGGAGAUUGGGUAAAUGGUAAAAGACAUGGAUAGGGGGAAUUUUAAUCUGCUAAAGGUGAAAAAUAUAAUGGUAAAUGGGUCUUCGAUGAAAAAAUGUGAACAUUUGAAUUUGAUAUUAUCAAUGCAAUUUAUCUGAAAACGAG